AUGUCUACCACUGAGGAACCUAUUGCUACAGCUGAAGAUGUCGAGCUUCCAGCCACCGAAGCUCCAGCAGUUGAGCCUGUCGCCGAGGAACCUUCCGAGUCUGCGCCAGAGACUGAAAUCCCUCCUCCUCAAACACCUGUAGAUGCGGCGCUUUUGUCCGGCGAGGAGUCCAAGUCGGAAGCUGUGACAAGCCCUGAGGUUGGAAAGACAAGUGCAUCACCGGCAAAGAAGUCGACUAUUUCGAGUACGACCAAGCGACCUGUUACAAGCUCGACAGCGACAAAGCGGACCGUUGGUUCAACCACUACCACGGGUACGAAGCCAACAUCUCGCACUUCGCCUGGUGGCAGCACAUUGAGCAAGCCGCCAACCCGCCCGACCACAAUCUCAACUAGUGCAACCCGCAGGCCACCGAGUGUCAGUACGACUGCGACUCAUCGAUCCCGAGCUUCGAUCAGCAGCUCUGCAGAUGAAAAAUCCUCCAAGGUCGCCAGUUCCGGCGAUGAGAAGAAGGGUAUUUCCAGCGCCGCGAAGCGCAUGUCUCUGGCAGGGACACCCUCUUCACGAGCCCCAACGAAGGCUACUUCUACCGCGGAUCGASGAGCCAGUGUGAUUGGCUCGGCCGCUGACAAGAAGCCGACCUCAACUACGGCUGCCAGAAGUACUACGAGUAGACCGAGCACUGCUACUACAGCAUCUCGCACCCCUACCACGGCAACUACUCGUACCGCUGUCCGUCCUAGUACGACCGCACCUGCCAGACCAACAACCACUGCAACGAAGCGCUUGAGCACCGCCCCGGAAGCUAAGGCUGCUGCCGCUGAUGCAGGAAAGCUUGCAGAGCUCCAGGAGAAGCUAUCUGAGAGUGAAACAACCAUUGCAAGCUUGAAAGCAGAGUUGGAGGCUACUCAAGAAAAGAUGACGACCUUCGCCAACUCCGCUGAAGAGGAAUCCUCCAAGGUUGAUACUGCUGUGGAAGCUAUUCGAGCCGAGCAUGUGGCCAAGAUUGACAAACUUUCUCUGGAUCAUGCACAGGAGGUUCAAGAGUUGCAAGGAAAGCUGGAAGCUGCCGAAACACGACACAAGGAUCUAGAAGCCAAGUCAUUGCAGGAUUUGGAAGUGGCCAAAAAGUCUGCUCUUGACCAAAACGACUCCCAAACAGCAGCCGUUUUGGAGGAUCUCAAAGCAACUCACCUGGCCGAGCUCCAACGUCUUCAGACCGAAUUGGAAACCGAAAAGGCUUCCGCAGCGGAGACUGCAGCACAGAUUACUCGCUUAACCGAGGAACUUGAGUCACAAAAGUCCGCACUGGAAACAGCAUCCAAAGCUGCUGAGGAGAAGGAGGCUGCUUCGAAUGAAAAGCACCUUAGCAUUGUUGACCAGCUUGAGAGGGAGCUGAAGGGACGGGAUCAAGUCGUCGAAAAUCUUGAAGUUGAAUUGAAAAAGCUCUCUGAGAGCAAGGACAAAGAGAUUGCAGCUGAAAAAGAGUCGUCAACUGAAAAAUUAUCGUCACUGGAGGCCAAGAUCUCUGAACUUGAAGGCAAGCUAGCUGAGGCGCAGUCUGCUCAUGGCGACUCAGAAAAGGCAGCAAAAAUUCUGGUCGAAAAGGAAAACGAAAUCGCUGAACAGACCGAGGUUAUCAAGGCGUUGAAGGCCGAGAUUGAUCAAUACAAGGCCACAACCGAGUCGUUGACAGUCGAGAUUGAAAGUUUAAAAACGGCUUCGGGAGACUCUGAGGCGCAGGCAAAGGAGCUCGGGGCUUCUCACGAACGCAACAUUGCCGAACUCAAAGCCGAGCACGAGUCGAACGUUGCAGCGCUAAUCGCCGGCCAUGAGCAAGCUCUUUCUGAGAAGACCCAAUCCGCCGAGACUCUCCAAAGUCAGCAUCAACAGGAGCUUGAGGCUUCAAAAGCGCUACAGACUGAACUUGAAGCUAAGCUCGCCGAAGCUAAUGCGACAAUCGACAACCUCAAGCGAGGUUACGAAGAGGGCAUCAGCUCUGCCAACACUGUCGCCGGACAGGAGAUUGAGUCUUUGAAGGAGAAGGUGGCUACAAUGGAAAAAUCCUUGAAACUUGAUGCUGAAAAGAUCAAGGCCUUGGAAACCGAUUUGAGCUCUAAGCAGGAAGAACUCGACUUAUUGCAAGAGAAGUUGAAGGAAGAAGCUGCUGCUGCUUCACAAUCCGCGGAUGCGCUAGCCCAGGAAUCCAGCAAGCUUUCUGAGGAACAUGCACGUGCUAUUGAAGCCUUGAAGGGCGGCCAUUCGUCUGAGUUGGAAACAUUGUCAUCUACUCAUGCGGAAGCCCUUCAGACUCUUCAGUCUAGCUAUGACGAGCUUCUCAGAUCCAAGGAAGCGCUCGAAUCCGGCCAUGCUGAGAAGUUGCAAGCUCUCGAAUCUCAGCUGGCUACGUCUCAGCAAGAGGAUUCUUCCAAGCAUGCUAGCCAGCUCGAGGCUCACCAGGCCGAACUCUCUGCUACAAAGAAGGAGUAUGAGGAGAAGCUUCAAGCACUUGAGAGUCAGUUCGCUGCAAUACAACAAGAGACGUCUAGCAAAUCUGCCAGUCAACUCGAAGCUCACCAGGCGGAGAUUGAUGCAUUGAAGAAGGAACACGCUGAGACGCUGCAGGCUCUUGAAAUCCAACUGGCUGCUGCUCAGCAAGAAACUUCUACCCAAUCCGCUAGCCAGUUGGAAGCUCAUCAGGCGGAAAUUGAUGCCUUGAAGAAGGUCCAUGAAGAGACACAGGCUAAAUUAAAGGAGGAAUGGGAGGCUGCCCAGGCUUCAAAAGCUGCUGAGACGGACUCUGACCAUAGCCAAGUCAUUGAGGAGCUGUUGACCGCCCACGAAUCGAAGUUGACGAACUUGCGCAACGAAUUAGAAGCAUCACACCAGGAAAAGCUUGAAUCUCUUCAAAAGACCCAUGACACUGUCUUGGCUAAUGUCAGCGAGCAGCUCAACAAAGCUAACGAAGCUGCUGCAGAUACCUCAAUUAUUGACGGUCUCAAAGCACAAAUUGCGGACUUGACUGCCAAGCUUAACGCUGCUGAACAGAAUCUGGCGGCUGCUGAAGAGAAGUCUUCAUCUUCCACUCUCGAACUAACUGGCAAGCAUGCCAAGGAGCUAUCAAAGGUGCAGCAGGAAAAGACUGAGCUCGAGCAAAAGCAUCAAGCAGUUUCAACUCAGCUUGAAGAAGCACACAAAUCACUUGGAGAACACCAGCAAACUCAGUCACGACUUGAAUCCGCCAUUCAGCAGCUGACCGCCGUCCAGGAUGAGUUGGAUGCUCUAAAGAAGGCCCAUGAGCAGACCAAUGGCGACUUGGAAUCGGCUGUUGCCCGCAACAAGACCAUCGAAGAGCAAAUCGCCAAGGGCGAAAAGGAGCUCAACGAGCAAAUCGAGAAGAACAUGUCCUUGUUGACACAGCUCACUGAUGUCGACUCUAACAUCUCCAACAGCCGUAAGCGCAUUCGUGAGCUAGAGGCAGAAUUGGCUGCUCUCAAGGAGUCCUCGAAAGACACAAAGCCGGCGGAGACUAGCAACACUCUACUCGCAAGCAGAUGGGCCACGAGUGAGGAAGAAACGGAAGAGAAGGGGGGCGCGUCUGCGGAAGGUGAGGAACUUGGUUCUUCCAUAGAGGGAACGAUGGCGAGCAUACAGGAACAGCUUAAACAGAUCCGAGCGGCAAGCGACGACUGGUACGAUGAACAUCGCAGAAUCGUUGGCGAACUUGUACAAGCAUCUCGCGGAACAACACCAGACCCAUCCUCCAAAGAACCCAGCUUGAAAUCACCCACAUCCAUCACCCAGACGAUAACAACCACAGUAGGCGGCGCUGAAGACGAAACCGCCUAA